AUGAUAAGAAGUCACGGAUGGUCAAUGCUUAGCAAAUUUUAUCCAGCUCGGAAUUUCACAAGAUGUUCCAAGAUAGAUAUGACUUUUGAGGGAAACACUCAGGACAUUUCCGCUUCUGCUGAAGAAAGGAUGUCCACUGUCUUUGGAGGUCGUCUGAAAGGCGAGCCACCAAGAUCUACAAGCAGGGUGCUUACGGGUGGAAUGAAGAAAAUAGCUGGUGUCCCUGUACCUGCAAAACCGCAGGAACCUGAUAACUGUUGCAUGUCAGGGUGUGUUAAUUGUGUGUGGGAGAUAUAUAGUGAGGAUUUAAGGGACUGGAAACACAGGAGAAAAGAAGCUGCGCAAAAGAUUCAGGGAACAAAGGAGAAGUGGCCUAAAGAUUGGAAUCCACCUUUAGGCUUGUUAAGCAUAAAAAACGUUCCAACCGAACUACAGAAAAAGAAAUUGGAACUCGAUGAUAUGAAAGCAGAUCAACCUCCUGAUUUAUCGGCUAUCAGAGAUAUGUUCCCCAAGAGGAAAGGGCCUCUGCCUAAGAGUGUCUUAGCAGCCAAGAAAAAAAACAAUGCUCUAAGAUACAAGCACGAGCAAGAGGAACGGGACAACCAACAAACAGCCCAGCUAGAAGCAGACGAAGGUUGGGAGGAUAUUCCUGUUUACGUUAAAGCAUUUGCUGAAUUUGAGUCAAAGAAGAGAUUACAAAAAAUUCAUCAACAGGAAGAACAAAAAAAGAAAACCGCUUUGGUUUGA